AUGGCGGAAGACGACGGCAUUUAUAUCGAACCAUUGGUAAACAAGAUUCCGAACUAUGAGGUUUCUGAAAAGGCGUUUCUCUUGACGGAUCCUCGACUCAAAGAUCAACAUGAAUCGAGCCUGAACUUUGUUCUGGAAAAGAUCAAGGAAGACGCAAUGGCACCAUAUUACAAAUAUCUACACGACACAUACCUACCUGCUGGCACGAUUCAGUGGGAUGAAGAUUUUUACAGGUCGUUGCUGGACCGCAAUCAACAGGAUAUUACAGAAAUAAAGGAGCACAUGCAAGAAGUGGAAGACAAAGACGAAGGUGAGUUAGAAAAGGCACAUUCGUGGGUAAAAUUGGGCGAGUACUACGCGAAAAUUGGUGACAUGCAGAAUGCAGAGGAAACGCUUAAUACUGCCCUCGAGAAAGCAGUGUCUACGGGCUCGAAGAUCGAUAUCAUGCUCACAAUAACGAGACUUGGAUUUUUUUACAAUGACCAGAAAUUUGUGAAGGCCAAGCUCGAAAGCACCAACAAUCUUAUCGAGAGAGGCGGCGACUGGGAAAGAAGGAAUCGUUACAAGACGUAUAUGGGUGUUCAUUGUCUUGCCAUUCGAGAUUUCAAGCAAGCUGCUGCGUUGCUUGUCGACUCACUGGCGACCUUCACGUCUGUUGAAUUGACAUCAUACGAGAGUAUUGCGACAUAUGCGUCAGUAGCUGGGCUCUUUGCACUAGAAAGAACUGAACUGAAGGAGAAAGUUAUCGACUCGCCUGAAUUGUUGUCUUUGAUGACCACCACACCGGCUCUGCAGUCUAUCUCGUCUCUCACCAUUUCGCUGUACACUUCAGAGUACUCUAGUUUUUUUCCUUAUUUGCUUGAAACGUACAAACAGGUUCUCAUUCCUUGCAAAUACUUGAGCAGGCACGCGGAUUUCUUCGUGCGUGAAAUGAGAAGAAAAGUGUAUGCGCAAUUGUUGGAGUCUUACAAGACUUUGUCGCUACGUUCGAUGGCAGGCGCUUUCGGUGUCUCGGUAGAGUUCCUAGACCGGGAUUUGGGCAAAUUUAUCCCAAACAAACAAUUGAACUGCGUCAUUGACCGUGUGAACGGGAUUGUCGAGACCAACAGACCUGACAAUAAGAAUUUGCAGUAUCAUUUACUGAUAAAACAAGGCGAUGGUCUACUAACCAAGCUUCAACGUUAUGGUGCUGCGGUGAGACUUACGGGUGCUGGACGGGCAGCGUAA